AUGGAGGCAAAUGUAAACACUCAAGAAUCUCAACAACAACCUCUUCUGGAAAACGCCCCAAUAUUAAAAGAACCCAAAACGCCUACUCAGAAGGUGAUAAGAAAGACAUUCAAGAACACAGCAAAUCUUUCCAAUCUUCUUCCCACAGGAAGCGUCCUGUCAUUUCAGAUUCUGUCACCGGUCGUGACACACCAAGGCCAGUGCAAGACACACACAAGCCAGACCAUGACGGCGUGCCUCUUGGCCAUUUGUGGCAUUUCGUGCUUCCUUCUGAGCUUCACAGAUAGUUUCAGGGACGAAAGGGGGAAAGUUCGAUAUGGGGUUGCUUCGUUGAAUGGGCUUUGGGUCAUUGAUGGCUCUGUGAAGCUUUCGGCUGAAGAAGCAGCUAAGUUCAGGCUAAAGUUGAUCGAUUUCUUCCAUGCAUGCGCGUCGAUUCUGUGGUCUUCGCUGUAG